AGACUGAAAAAAAGUUGCAUCAGCCCUAAACUUUGGUGAGGAAAAAGCAUACACUGAUGCAAACUUCUUGGACUACUAAUGAUUUAUGAGUAAGUUCCUUGGAAACAGGAACAGUUGGAAAGAAGUAGUUACUGAAAGAGGAAUAUAUCAUCAGGGUACAAAGAGGAAUUUCUGCAGAAAACAGCUGGCAGAUUGUUAGAAGAUACAGUGACUUCGAUUUACUUAACAACAGCUUGCAGAUUGCAGGGCUGAGUUUGCCUCUUCCUCCUAAGAAACUGAUUGGAAACAUGGACCGUGAAUUCAUAGCUGAGAGACAGAGAGGCCUGCAGAACUACCUGAAUGUUAUCAUGGCAAAUCAUGUGUUGUCCAAUUGUGAGCUUCUUAAGAAGUUCCUAGACCCAAACAACUAUUCUGCAAACUACACUGAGAUCGCCUUACAACAAGUUUCCAUGUUCUUCCGAUCAGAACCAAAGUGGGAGGUGGUAGAACCACUGAAAGACAUAGGUUGGAGGAUAAGGAAGAAAUAUUUCUUGAUGAAAAUUAAAAACCAACCAAAGGAACGACUGGUGUUGAGCUGGGCUGAUCUUGGCCCAGACAAAUACUUGUCAGAUAAAGAUUUUCAGUGUGCAAUCAAGCUUCUGCCUUCCUGUGUGCACCCUUACAUAUAUCGGGUUACCUUUGCCACGGCUAGUGAAUCCUCAGCAUUGCUGAUUAGAACCUUUAAUGAAAAAGGAACGUUGAAGGAUCUGAUCUACAAGGCAAAACCAAAGGACCCCUUCCUAAAGAAGUACUGCAACCCUAAGAAAAUCCAGGGCCUUGAACUCCAGCAAAUAAAAACAUAUGGACGGCAGAUAUUAGAGGUACUAAAGUUUCUCCACGACAAGGGAUUCCCUUAUGGCCAUCUUCAUGCGGCUAAUGUGAUGAUGGAUGGUAACACUUGCCGGCUGCUAGAUCUUGAAAAUUCCUUAUUGGGUCUUCCUUCCUUCUACCGAUCCUACUUCACUCAAUUCAGGAAAAUCAAUACAUUGGAAAGUGUAGAUGUUCACUGCUUUGGCCACUUACUAUAUGAAAUGACUUAUGGACGACCUCCAGACUCCGUGCCUGUUGACUCCUUUCCUCCUGCACCAUCCAUGGCUGUAGUGGCCGUGUUGGAGUCUACGCUGUCUUGUGAAGCCUCUAAAAAUGGCAUGCCUACCGUCUCCCGGCUCUUACAGAUGCCAUUAUUCAGUGAUGUUUUAUUAACAACUUCUGAAAAGCCACAGUUUAAGAUCCCCACAAAAUUAAAAGAGGCUUUGAGAAUUGCCAAAGAAUGUAUAGAAAAGAGACUCGUUGAAGAACAGAAGCAGAUUCACCAACAUCGAAGACUAACAAGAGCUCAGUCACACCACGGGUCUGAAGAAGAAAGGAAAAGGAGAAAGAUCCUAGCUCGAAAGAAAUCCAAACGAUCUGCUGUUGAAAACAGUGAAGAACAGCCAGUAAAGCACAACUCCAAUAACUCAGCAGGAUCUGGGGCCAGCUCACCUCUCACAUCCCCAUCGUCUCCAGUUCCACCCUCCACAGCAGGGCUGUCUUCUGCAUUACCUCCACCUCCACCACCACCUCCGCCUCCACCAGCAGGUCCCUCAACAACCUCAGGCACAGAGAUGCCUGUCCCGCUACUGCCCCAGGAUAUGAAUGGCGUGAACCGUGGGGCCUUGCUCAGCUCCAUCCAGAAUUUCCAAAAGGGAACUUUGAAGAAAGCCAAAACCUGUGAUCACAGUGCUCCUAAGAUUGGCUGACGUUUCUUGUUUACACUGGGAGGGCAAGCUCUUGGCUGUUCCACUCCCACCUAAGUCCCUCUUCCUAGGUGAGUCCUUACAUAGCCCCCAACAAGUCCCUUCCUGGGGUGAGUCCUUGCAGAGCCAGUACAGCCAGUCUUGCUUCAGUAAGAGUCUUCAAGAUGAAAAUGCUCUCCAAAUAAAUAAAUGGGGCCAGCACUGCUGCCUUAACAUUUUGCUCCUUCGUGUGACUCUGAUGAGCUUCCUUUAGGAACAGCAGCAUAUGGGAAUCAUUAUUUUCACCAGCUAAAGGAAAAUGACAAAGACAAAAGCAGUGGCAAUAUUCUGUCACAGCAGUGACUGGUCUAUGGCUGUCCCUCCUACUCUAUCAGAAGUGUUCUCCUAGCUCACUCCUCUGAAGCUUCUCUGGUUUCUUAGGUAGUUCACCUCAGACACUAACACUGUAACCAAGGCUGUCACACUGCUGAGGCAGAGAAGCAAGAGCUCUCUUCAUUCUCUUUCACAGGACAGAGGGAAUCUCACUGUGGCUGAGAACAGUCACGCUGGAUUCAUAGUUUUCUUAAGUUAGAAUGUACCAAAACAAACAAAAACAUUAACCACAGAAAAAGCUCCUGCCAGUUAAGGUAUUGUCUUACUCCUCAGCAUUUGUAGAGGGAGAGUCAGCAUUACAAGUGAAUCUGGCAUCUAUGGUGAUCACUUCUGAUUUGAUUUAUCCAACUUCAGCAUCUUUUUUGAUGUUACUCAGAUAUUAGAAAUCUUUCAUUCUGUGAUUUGCUUAAACCUUUAAAUAAGUUGCACUUUAAAGGAUUAUUAAAAAAAUCCAUUUUAAAAUUCAAAUACACACAUCAGUGUUGGUUACUAUGCAGAAAGAAUGUCAUUGUAUAUAGUAUUGUAAUCUGUGAUACAUACUCAGCUGUAUUUUGUAUUAAAAUAAAUCAUGUGAAGAAAA